AUGUUCACCUCCCCACCACAACCCCCCUACCCACUCCACGAGUCGGUGCGGGACCUGCUGGACCCAGAGUAUGUCGCCUUCUACAACAAACAUGUUAUCAACAAUCAACAGGUCCACUUGCAACCUGUCGCAGCCUCCCGGACCAGUGGUGUCUUGAUUCCCGGUGCGGGACCGAUGCUAGAGAACCCCCCCGCCGGUGGGUGGCCGGUGAUGCUCUAUUUCCAUGGCGGAGGUUGGGUUCUGGGUAACAUUGACACGGAGAACGUGGUCUGCUCGAAUCUCUGUGUGCGCGGGAACUGUGUGGUGGUGACGGUGGACUACCGACUGGCGCCCGAGAAUCCGUUCCCCGCUGCGGUCCACGAUUGCUGGGAAGCGCUGCUUUGGCUGGUCGCUGACGGUCCUGCCACGCUAUCAGUCGACAUGUCCAAGAUCGCGACAGGCGGGUCUUCGGCUGGUGGUAACCUGGCUGCUGUCAUGACCCACAAGGGGUUGACACUCUCGCCCCCCGUGCAUUUCCGUGCCCAGCUCCUCUCCGUGCCCGUCACCGACAAUACCGCCACGGUGGAGACCAACGAGUCCUAUCGUCGAUACGAACAUACUCCAGCAUUGCCCGCCCCCAAGAUGAUCUGGUACCGGGACCAUUAUCUGCCCAAAGCGGCGGAUCGGACUAAUCCCGAGGCUAGUCCCCUCUUUUACAGUGGUGACUGGUCUCCCUUGCCACCUGCUCUGAUCAUGGUCGGCGAAUUGGAUGUACUUCGAUCCGAGGGUGAACAGUACGCUCAUAAGCUACAGAAGGCGGGUGUGAAGGUAGAUCUCCAGGUGAUGAAGGGAAUGCCCCACCCUUUCCUUGCCAUGGACGGUGCAUUGUCCGAAGGUAGGCGGUGUAUCACGUUGAUGUGUGAUGCAUUGCAGAAAGCGUUUUGGAGCUCAUAA